AUGCCAGUUGAAGACGUUGCCAUCAAAGUGAAUUGGAGCACUGAUAAAUUGGUUGAAUCAGUCGUCGAAACGCCUAAAAUUGGAGUAUACAAUGCCAACAUUGAUCAAUCAGAGCCGUUUCAGUUCAAAAACAAGAUAAAAAGAGUAGCUGUCAUCGGCGCUGGCCCUGCUGGUCUACCUACCGCCAAAUUGCUCCUAGAUGAGGGUAUUCAAGUCAAAAUCUACGAGAGAAAUGCAGCAUCUGGAGGAACAUGGAUAUAUAAUAAAGAGAAGCCAAUCAACCCUAAGUUUCCUUCAGAAAUUCCAACCAAAGUUGUAGAGCCCAGUUUGCCACCGAAAGGCGCCUCCCUGCCUUUUGUAAAGAAGACUACUAUUGAAGCUGCCGAGAACGAGUUAUUGCAGCUCACACCGCCUACGCCCUGUUACCGAUCCUUGAGGAAUAACGUGCCGACACCACUUUUACAAUACAAAGACCUUGAAUGGCGUAAAGAUACUCCUUGGUUCACCUCACAUGACAAGAUUCUGCAGUAUCUUCAAGACUAUUCUUCACACUUCAAGUUGGAUGACAUUACUGAAUAUAAUACAUCUGUUGAAAACCUUGAGGAACUGCCUAAUCAAAGUGGAUGGCGUGUUUUGACAAAACAUGCAGAGUACUCCAAGGACACGGAUCAAGUUGAGAUAUCAUGGAAGGAAGAGGUUUUUGAUGCUGUCGUUGUUGCUACUGGUCAUUAUCAUGCUCCUUAUGUUCCUGAUCUACUGGGCUUAUCUGAUUGGCGCAACAAGUGGCCUGAAAAUGUAAUUCAUUCGAAACAAUACCGUGUGCCUGAGCAAUUCAAAGACAAGUCUGUCCUUCUGAUCGGAAAUGGUACAUCAGCAAUAGACAUAGCUCGAGAUGUCAGUAGCCACGUCAAGACCAUCUACAACUCUGUGCGUGAAAGCAACCACAAAUUUGAUGAGCGUUACCUCAAGCUGCGAGAAGAACUCUCUAAAUUUGUUCCUAAAAAUGUGCAGCGAGUCGGCAACAUCAAGACAUUUCGUUACAGCAAUGACAAAGAGGAUAAAAUCCAAAAUGCCGUGGUUGAACUCGAAGAUGGUACCGAACUCACAGGAUUUGAUUACAUUAUCGUGUGCACUGGCUACGUGUUUAGUUUCCACUUUUUGGAGAAUCUUCAUUCGGAUCAGCAUAUCAAUUCCAAGCGCCAAUCUGAUGUAGAUGACAAGCAUGUGCUGGUCAAGGAUGGUACUCAAGUUUACAAUCUCCACAAGGACAUUUUUUACAUCCCAAAUCCAACACUCAGUUUUGUUGGUAUUCCGUUCCACAUUGCUACCUUCUCACUAUUUGAAUUCCAAUCCUACGCCAUUGCUAGAGUCUAUGCUGGUGCUGCUAAGCUCCCUACGGAAGAAGCCAUGCGCCUAGAGUGGCAGGAGCGCUUACUGCAAAAGGGAGGAGGAAGAGAAUUUCAUGCUUUGGGCUCGGAGCUGGAGCUGGCUUACAUCAAGGACAUUACAACUUGGGUAAAUCGAGAUGGUAAAUCACUAGGAAAACCAGUAGUCGAGGAACACGAUCAAGCUUGGAUUGAUAUCAAGGAUCAAAGCUUAAGUGCGCUCAAAAAGGCUUUAAAUAUUGAAUAA